AUGUCAGACAUCAAGCCAUACACAAUCUCCAUCGAGUCUGCUAAACUCGCCGACCUGCAGAUUCGACUCUCCUUGGUCAGAUUUCCCGAUGAACUUGACCACGCGGACUGGGACAUGGGCGCGCCCCUCACAGAUAUCAAGAGGAUAUCAAGAUACUGGCAAGACGACUUCGAUUGGAGGAUCGUGGAGAAGGAAUUAAACAAGCUGCCCCAUUUUGUCACCAAUAUUCAAUGCGACGGCUUCGACCCGCUUGCCAUCCACUUCAUUCAUCAGCCAAGUCCCGUCAAAGGCGCCAUCCCUUUGUUGUUCAUACACGGGUGGCCUGGACAUUUCAAUGAAGUCUCGAAGAUCCUUAAGCCGCUCGCUGAGGGAGACGGUGUCGAGACGCCUGCGUUCCAUAUAGUGGCGCCAUCCCUGCCCAAUUUCGGCUUCUCUGAGGGCGUGAAAAAGCGAGGGUUUGCAAUGGAGCAGUACGCGGCAACUAUGAAUCAGCUGAUGUUGAAACUUGGCUACACUGAAUACGUCACUCAAGGAGGUGACUGGGGAUGUCACAUUAGUCGGAGUUUGGCACACCUCUACCCUGCCAAUUGCAAAGCAACCCACCUGAACUUUGACAGCGCCAACCCGCCGGAGUUUGCCAAAAAUCCGUUGCUUGCCGCGAAGCACGCGGUGACCCCUUACACCAAAAGGGAAAAGCACGGCGUUGGUCGCUCUAAGUGGUUUGAAGAAGAAGGCAGUGGCUACAACGUCGAGCAAUCGACAAAGCCUCAAACUAUUGGCUACGGAUUAGCUGACAGUCCUGUCGCGUGCUUGGCAUGGAUAUACGAGAAACUGCACGACUGGACUGACUCUUACCCUUGGACUGACGAGGAAAUAUGUAUAUGGGUCAGUAUCUACUGGUUUAGUACAGCCGGUCCAGCGGCGAGUAUGCGGAUCUAUUAUGAGACAGCUCAUAACGUCGAUAACCGGAUAGAUAAGAUGGAUCGCCAAAAGAUGAUGACUUAUUCCCCUGGCGUCAAGCUUGGGUUCAGUCACUUCCCAAUGGAUCUCCACGUCCGGCCCAGCACUUGGGUGCAAACGCUUGGCGAAGUGGUGUUUGAGAAGGAUCAUGAGAGUGGUGGACACUUCGCUGCGUUCGAGAGGCCCGAUGAUAUCGUGGCCGACGUGAGGGAGAUGUUUGGAAGGGGCGGUGGUGCGUACGGCGUGGCGAAGGGCGUCACUGGCUAUUGUGCAUGA